UCUCCCUCCAAAUGUGCCACCACUCAACGCAAAAACAAAGAGCUUUUGGUGUUUAGCAAACCCCAAAAAAACAGAGUUUUUUUUCCCUUCUCUCUAUAUUUUGUGAUGGGUUCCCAAGGUCCAAUGGCAAAUAUCAUGGUGGUUUUUGACUUCGAUAAAACCAUUGUUGAUUGUGAUACUGAUAACUGGGUUUUGGAUGAACUUAAUUUCACUGAAAUGUUUGAACAGCUUCUUCCUACCAUGCCUUGGAAUCCUCUCAUGGAUUUGAUGAUGAAGGAGAUGCAUGAGAAGGGAGUUACGACAAAUGACAUAGUUGAAGUGCUAAACAGAACUCCUAUUCAUGCUCGUAUUAUUCCUGCCAUUAAAUCAGCUUAUGAUGCCGGGUGUGAUUUGCGGAUUCUAAGUGACGCAAAUAGGUUCUUUAUCGAAACUAUCCUAGAUCAUCAUGGGAUCAAGGAUUAUUUUACCGAGAUUCACACGAACUCAGGUUUUGUGGAUGAAAAUGGGAGAGUAAGAAUAUUUCCUCAUCAUGAUUUUACAACUACUCCUCAUGGCUGCGAUAACAUUCUCUGCCCUCCUAACAUGUGCAAGGGUUCAGUGAUGAAAAAGCUAUUAGCCCAUGAAGGAGACAACACAUUUAUUUAUUUGGGUGAUGGAAAUGGUGAUCAUUGCCCAAGCACAAAGUUAAGAGAAAGAGAUUAUUGCAUGCCUCGGAUAAAUUACCCACUUUGGGGUGUAAUUACAAGCAAUCCAAAGGUUAUCACUGCUGAAAUACAUGGAUGGACCGAUGGACAAGAGCUCGAACGAGUCUUACUCUCACUCAUUCAUAGCAUCAUAUCUAAUGAUAACAAAAAUAAGCAAGAAAAAAAUGUUGGUGGGUCAUUCCAAAGCUUAACAGGGAUGAAAAAUAAAUUUAAUAAGAACAUGCCAAGGCCUUCACGUGAAUCUCUACCUCCAGCACUCAAGGUGUCUCAGUAGUAACAUUAAUGUUGUUUACUACGACCUCCGUCGAAAUUUAAUUGUCAUAUAUAAGUUUUUAUGGUGUUAUUAUAGUGACAAUUAAUUUUGAGGGUGAGGAUUUUAUAUUUAUUUACGUAUAGUGUGUGAUUGGUACUAGUAGCUACCUUGUUAAAAUUGUAUUUUAGGUUUCUUUUGAUUGUAACAUGUCCACAAUAGGCUACGGAACCAUGGGUAAGGAUGUGGCCCUUGGCGCAAACCCGAAGGUGACUAAUAAGGAAAGUGAUCACGAACCCCUAGCGUUAUUAUUCCUUUGAUAUGGCUUGAUUUUUCAUUUAGUGAGUAUCAAGGAAUAUGUUAUGAUAUAUUGUUGAUCAUCUAGUUGUGCUAGAUUAAUGGCAUUUAGUCAUGAUGUAUGUACUUUAUUAUGUUUUUAAUAAAAGAAAAGGCAUAAAAGCCAUAUGUUUUUAUAA